AUGAUCGUGUCUGUGCAGCGCGAGGGUUCUGACGACAUCCUGGCUGGUGCCCCCAAACUGGUGAAGGCGAUAGUUGCGACGCAAGUCCUCCAAGCCUCGCAGAGAAGGCGCGACAGCAGGGAUGAGGUUCCAACGGAGGGCUGGACAUCCCAAGACAAGGCCGACGUAAGGGACUCCAAGAAGUUUUCCUUGAACCCUCUCACGAUGGCUCUGCCGGACAAGAGCGUCCUGUCGGGCGAGGCCUCGACCUUCCCGACGGGAGCAAGCGAACAAGCAGCCAGCAGGACGAGCAAUGCAGACAAGGUCCAGCUGAAGCCAACCAAGGAGGUCUUGUCGAGGAGGGGCUCGAAGAAGUCGCGGCUGAAGGGGAUCAAGAAGGACUCGUGGGGAGGAGGAGUGCGAAGGGCGCUAGCGGUCGGCAGGCGAGACGGCAGGCACAUCCCGGGGGUCAAAGAAGACUCGUGGCCUUUCGCUCCCGGCAGCUUCAACUACAAGCGUGAGCGGCAGCUGCCUGGAGUGAACGAGAACAGCUGGACACUCAUCCCGGACUUGUACGGGCCCGUCAAGGGACGAGAGGGCACGCGCUCGUUCGGGGGCUGCUGGCCUGAUGCUCACGGCAAGUUGCACUGCGACUCCGCCUCGGGGCUUCACCUUGGGCCCUCGAUGAGCAAGUUGCUGGGGUUUGAGGACAAAAGGCGAGCGGUGAAGGCAGCCGGUGACAUGAACUAUGGCGUGAACCUGCUGCAAGACAUGAAGGACCAAGACCUUGCCGCUGCCGCUGAGGCCUUCGGUUCCUCUCUAUCGUCAAAGCCCGCCGCUUCUGCUGAGAAGCUUCAGCGUGGUACAGCACAGGUGCGCAAGGCAAGGAUACAAAACCUGGAGCAAGUGGGCAAGCAGUGCUCGACAUUCUUGGACUGCUUCUCAACACUGGGAUACCUCGUCCCACAUCAUACUCAUCCUUCUAUUGCGCUGGAUUGGGAUGUUCCCGUGCGCCAUCCAAGUCAGAGCGUCUCCCGGAACUUCAUGAAGGAUCUCUCAUUCCGUGACUUCAACCCGUGUGGGAGCUCCACUACUUUUCCCUGUUCAAUGCACGACAGGCAAGUGAAGGUGGGAAACAACAACUUGUUGACAAGACAGUACGGCAUCGGACAAGCAGUGCGCGCUACCAAGUUGUCGCUCAUCCUGCCGCCCAAGUCGAUGAGCGCGAGCAACUUGAAGAACUUGGACCCCAUGGAGCGCGUCAACUGCGGAAGCGAGUUCUCCCAGUGCUACUCCCCGGACUCGUUUGCUGACGUGCAAGUGCCUGCCGAGCAAAGUCUUGAGGAUCGAGAAGAAGCCGAACUGCAGGAGAAUGAGACGCGUGAGGAGGAGGCAGCGGCGGGGGAGGAGGCAGCGGCGGGGGAGGAGGCUCCAUCAGAUCAAGUGGCGGACAAGUCAGAGGCCUCGACCCCCAGCUACGUCUCCUUGAAUAGACCCGUCGAGCACCGUGAGGGAGGGCCCGGCCGGUUGCCAGGGGUGAACGUGGACAGCGGGUGGAUGCCGUACAAGCAUGAGGAUGUGUGGGGCUACGACACGCGAGGUAGGAGGAGCUUGGAGCCUGGGCUGGUGUCUGCUGGGCAGGAGCUGCCCAGGGAGGGAUGGACGAGCAUGGAUCGGCUGGAACACUCGGACCUGUCGCGUGCUGUUGGCUCGCUCAAGUCCCUGCUCCCUCCCUCUUCUGAGCAGGUCAAGGGGAAAAAGACCUCUACUGAAGCUUCUAGCCGCGCCAAACCUGACAAGCCAUUGGCGGAUGAGGAGGUAGAGAAGGAGCUGGAGGAAGCUCAGCAGUGGCAGGAUGAAGCGGCUCGGGAGGAGGAGAUGCUGAACGGACGGUUGAGAGCGGUGGAGGUCAAGUGACAACAAGAGGAGAGCAGACAUGCGUCAAGCCCUGAAGAAGUAGGCAUAUCAAGGAGAGAUGGAACCCCGGCAAAGAGGCUUGAGAGCGUUAGGCUUGAUAUGUUACGAUAGAAAAAAGAACUGAAACCG